AGUAAUGGCAUCUGCAUUUUGGAAUUUACAAUUUCUUUUUCUUCUGCUUACUGUUUGGUUCUAUAACUGCGUUGAUGGCAAAAGUAAACGGAUAUUGACCAGCAGUACAGACGUAAAUGGAGCACGUUUACACCAAAUGGACCUUACUAUCCAGAACAUGAAGUCACAGAUCUCUGGAUAUGACAGCAUCAUCCAACAAAUUCAGACACUCUUAUCACAUAAGGAUACUGAGAUUAACAAUCUAACUGCUGAAAUAUCCAGUCUAAAGAGAAAAGUGGCAUUCAUGGCUGAAUUAACAGGACCCUAUCUUCAUCCGACUUCAGGACGUCAUAUCGUGUAUGACCACUUAUAUUUGAAUGAUGGAAAUGGCUACCAUAGUUCGCAUGGGACAUUUACAGCUCCAUAUCGAGGAUUAUAUCACUUCUCCUAUGGAUGUACAGCGCAUUUAGGUGCUAACACAAGAACCCAUCUUAAUAUGAUGAAAAAUGGAAAUCCCAUUGGAUACUUAUUUUUUGACAACCUCGACACCGGCUUUCCGUGGAUAAAAGAAACAGAAUCUAUUCUCACUAACCUUGAGGCUGGCGAUGAGAUUUGGAUACAAGUAACACAGGCCAUUGGGUCGGUAGAAAUAGCCGCUGGUGCAAUGCACACAUAUUUUUCAGGUUAUCUCAUCAGCUAAA